CCACCAUGUCCAAGCGAUCCUCGGCGACGGACGGGAUCCGGACGUUCCGGAAGCUAUUGGAGUGUCAGGAUCGAAAUCGUCAGAGUUGAAAUAGUUUGUCAUGCAUAAAACCGAUACCAGUUGGAAGCCCACUUAUCAAGCGGCGCAUGACAAAACUUCGGAGUACGCGAAUCCAAUUUGUCAUGCUGUUUCGGCAAAGAGGACUGCUUUUGUCAUGCUCCUUUAGCAUCUCUAUCCCAAACCCUAGAUAGGCUCACAAUCUGCCUCACUUGCCAUCCCACCAAGAGAGGCACUUCAUGCCUUGCAUUUUGUGCACGACAAAUUCAAAUCAUUUCAACUUUGUCGAUUUCAAUCCUGACACACCCAUAGAAGCGCGUGAACCGGUUUUGGAAACGGUCCGCGAUCAACAGCUCGAGCACUAUAUCAACUGUAAAAAUAAUGUCUGGGUCUGGAAGAAUCCAACUUGUCAUGCUGAUUCUGGAUUCUAAAAAAAUCUGUGUCUAUUGCAUGAGCAGCAAAGAGAGUUCAAGUUUUGCUACACGGAAAGAGCAUUUGUCAUGCGGUAUAGGCAUCAGGAAGCCCUCACAAAAUCUGUGAUGCUAGGGCAUGCAUCACAGACAUCAGGAGUCAUCCAAAAUGUGCAUGACAAACCUGGCAAUCUUCCAGACCCAGACACUUUUACAUUUGAUACACUAUCGGAAAUUUCAGCAAGUCGGGAACCGACAGCGCAGCGCUGUUCAAUAUUCCGACCGUCCGCGUGACGGUCAGUCAGGAUUUUGGGGACUUGCGAAAAAACGACGCCCGGGAAUUUCUCAUGACGAAUCUGUACACGAGUAGUUCUUCAUCCUCUAGUAGCUCGGAGCAGGAGGAAAUGCUGUCUGACACCGAGCCCGUACCCGACGAAAACUUCGUGGAACAGCAGCACGUCAUGCACCGCGGGAAAAAUUACAAUCAGCUGAUGAACGAAGAACCCAAGUCGGACUACGAGCAGCUCAUUGUGGAUGUGCGGGACCAAAUUGGGUUGAACAUCACGGAAACGCUCGCGGACGUACUCUUAAGCAACGCCCGCGAGUGGAUUGUUGACUACCAGAGCGCGGAUCUGAGUCGGUCGUUUGUAUCCAAGAACAUGGAACUGUACUUGCGGAACUUCGUUUUGAGAAGGCACUUGGUGGAUCUACACUUUCAGAAGCGAGGGACCGUGGCCGCGGCUUCUUCA